AUGGUGGAUCGUGCUGAAGGCCCUGCUCCUGCACAGAGGGAAGGGAACAAUCCUCUCAAAGGUGUCACAGGAGGCUUUCCAAUCCCUGUGAGCGCCAAAGCGCUCAGCAGCUACCGCACUGAAAAGCCUUUUUCCCCACCAACGCGUUUAGCUCAGCCUGUUCCUGAACUAGGGCGGUAUCGCGACCGCCCCUCCCCGCCCCGCUGUCGCGACAGGGCGCGACAGCCACGCACCGCCUUUGUUCGGGGCCCGGCGGCGGCGCUGCCCCGCCCCGCCGCUGGGGGGAGCCCGCGGCACCGCCCCGCCGUGAGGGGCGCGGGCACCGGGCAGUGCCGCUGCCCCCGGGGCUGCCCCGGGAGGGGACGGAGGGAGGUGCCGCCCCAGCCCCUCCGGCCCGCGGGGGCCAUUUUUAAAUGCCUCUGUCAGGCAGCGGCGCCGGGCGAGCAGGUGCCGGAGUCGCUGAGGUUGCGGUGCCCGCUGCCCGCUCAGGCAAGGCAGGACGCGCUGUCCCCUCACAGACCCCCGGGACAGAUGGGAAUUGGAACUGAAUUUAUUCAUCCACUUCUCCAAGCCUUUUGAAAAGUGACUAAAUGCAACUGAGUCAGACUGUCUGUGGGUAUGAAGUGGCU